GCUUGCUAUGGCAUUUGGUGACUUGCUUAGAAAGCUAUGGGCUCCUGGACGGACAUCCGUUGCUCCUCGUCCAUUUAAAGCAAAACUUGCUCGAUUUGCACCCCAAUUUAGUGGUUAUAAUCAGCAUGAUUCCCAGGAACUUCUAGCAUUUUUGCUUGACGGUCUACAUGAAGAUCUGAAUCGUGUAAAGCACAAACCCUAUAUUAAGUCCAGAGAUGCAGAUGGCAGACCUGACGAAGAAGUUGCAGAUGAAUAUUGGGCGAACCACAUUGCUCGUAAUGACUCCAUAAUUGUCGAUGUGUGCCAAGUGUGUAAAAUUACCUAUUUCCACUGCAAGCUA